AUGCCGGAACUAGAUGAAUAUAUGUAUGCUCUUGCCUGGAAUAACAACACAUCAGUUGUGGUCAUUACCCUGAUAUUCUAUGAGUACGUGCUUCAGUUCGAGAAAGAGGUCACGUUUGUUUGGGAAAGACAGUGGUCGAUGAUGACGUAUCUAUACCUUGUUGUUCGAUAUUUCGGUAUUUUGAUUGCAAUAAUCUCCGCCUGCUGGGGAGGUCUAUUUUAUAUACCUGAAGCAGUGAGUUAUGGUAUGUUUCUGUUUAUCCAAUGGAGUCUUUCUGUAUAUUUUUGCUUGGGAGAAGUCAUUCUCAUCUGGCGUCUAUACGCCUUGUACAACCAAUCCAAGCCUAUCCUUUAUGUUCUACUGGUGUUGUUUAUACCUAUUGUCGCGCUCUAUAUAGCGGUGGAUAUAUAUUUAUGGAGUCGACCCUCAGCGAUCUCAAUACAAGAAGUAAUAAUAACCCCAAACAUCAAGUACUGCGCGGCUUUCUUCCACAUCGGACCCAUGCCAGCGAUAUAUACUUCCAUCCCCGUCAUAUGCUAUGAUAUCUUCCUAGUUGUCCUCGCCAUUGCCGCCCUCGGGAAGCACCUGAAAGAACGGAAGGGACUUCGAAUGAAACCUAACACCUAUGUAAUCGUGAUCGUCCAAUAUCAUGUGAUAUACUUUGUCCUGAAUUUGGCGAAUCAAAUAUUCAUGGCGAUAUUGUGGGCCAACCUUUCGACGGUAGUGAUGAAUCUCCUUCUAAUGUUCAACGAUACUGCACCAUUUAUUAUCGUGCCACGUCUUAUCAUCAGCAUUUGGGAAGCGCAUGCCAACGAUAACUGUGUGCAUGUCAGUACAACAUUCCAGGAUUGCCUCUGUUGGACUUCGCCACCGAUGUUGGAGGAGCACGAGCUGGACUCGCGCGAAUGAUAUUUUAACUUAGGAGGAGGUAGAGUGAAAACCCUUCGCCCGGACUCUUGUCAUAGAGGAAUUCUCUGAUGCUAGUCCAUAGUGUCAUAUCGAGACAUCUAACACUGUACAUUGUCGCUACCAAGGAUACAUCAAUAGUGAUUGAUUCAUCAGUGGUUUUGGAUGAUCGGGUUCCUCCACAUCAUCUAUGGCAACGUGCAUUCACUAUCAGCGACCAUAGCAUCGCAGUAAAGUCGCCCCCAUGCAGCAGACUGUGGCGCUUUUGACUAGUCAUACUCGCCUUAUGUGCCUGGCUAAAUACUGCUCAUUAUCAAACUAGCUGUCGGUACAGG